AAGAGAAACCAUAAUCAUAUUUUGGGUUAAUUAAUUAAUGACGUCACAUUCAGAAUUUCAAAACAUACACACGUAAAUAAUUUAUAAAUAUGACAAACGCUUUGUGCCGGUAGAAAUAAACGGGACACAGAAGACAGUAUAAAUACCACAGACUGUGUAUUUAUACUUAAUGCAGUUUGUUAAAGAGGUAACAGGCUACAGAGAGAAAACACCUCUACUCUGGCAACUAAGAAUAUUUCCCCAAAUAUCAAACUUUUUGUUUAAAGCCUCUAUUAUUUCAAUUUAUAAUGUGUUUUAGUGCCUACAAUGGCAAAAAUAAACUAGAGAUGUUUGGUCCCUGAGAGUCUGGGAGCCAGGGACAGUUACAGACACCAUAUACUCCUCUUUGAUAUGAGAUGAACCAAGUGUGUAAGUGCUUUAAUUUCAGGUAAUGGAGAACAAACCAUGGGCGAUGCCACUGCGGAUAUGGCGAUGGGUCUGCUUCUGGCAUCGGCACGCAGGAUCGUUGAAGGUCACCAAAUGGUUGCAGACCCCAACAUUGCCUAUAUAGCGCAAAACCUGAUGGGAGUUGAAGUCACAGGGUCGACUCUGGGGAUUAUUGGAAUGGGACACAUUGGCUGCAAAAUUGCUCAAAGAGGCAAAGGAUUUGACAUGAAGAUCCUGUAUCACAACAGGAACAGGAGGAGUGUUGAAGAUGAGCAAGCGGUUGGUGCGAGUUACCGGGAGAACAUGGACGACCUGCUGAAAGAGUCUGACUUUGUCAUGCUGGCGGUCUACCUGACCCCAGAAACCACAGGCCUGAUCAGCCACAGAGAGCUGUCCCUCAUGAAACCCACAGCAACUCUGGUCAACAUCAGCAGAGGUCUGGUGGUGGACCAGGAUGCUUUAGUCAAAGCUUUGCAGUCUGGAACAAUUUGUGCGGCGGCAUUAGAUGUGACUCACCCUGAACCAUUACCAAGGGAUCAUCCUCUCCUUGGCCUUCCUAAUGUGCUAAUCACCCCCCACGUUGGCACCAACACUUACGCUACAACAAGAAAGAUGGUGCAGAAGAUGGCAGACAAUGCUUUGGCUGUACUGAAUGGACAAUCCAUUCCCAAUGAAGUCAAACCAAAAUGACUUCACUGAUGGUACCACAACUGUCUGUAGAUGGAAGUGUUUUCCUAAUGCAAGAAGAAGUACAGAUGAAGUUUUUACUUGUUUGUUUUGUCUGUCUAACAAUCUGCCAUAAUUACUGUGAUAAACAUUAUUUAUGUUACUAUUAACUACCUAAUGUAUACAUUUGCAAAUAUUUAAUAUCACGUUGCUCAAUUAAAAUCACACUGAAUGGAUAUGUUGCACCAUUGUCAUUAUCUGUUGUUGAUCAUUUGCAAGGCAAUAAAUGUUGUUGUUAUAGCAUGCAUUAUUACAUAAUUGUUUUACUUUUCAUUCAUAUUUUGGAUUUUAUGAUUACCUUCAAUUCAAACUGUAUGCUAGAGAUUCUAUUACUUUAUCUGUACGUAUACGUUUUGGCUAAAUUGAAUGCAGCGUUGCAUAAGUAUUUUUUUUUUUUCAGCGAUCUGUUCGAGCCAUUUCAAUCCGGUUUCCGUUCACAGCACAGCACUGAA